GGACUGAAGACAAAUCCGCUUAUCAAAAUGGCUGCGCUCAUGCGGCGAGCGUGUUGGGCGAGGAACUUGCGCGUUGCGUUGAGUUCGCCGCCUAAACAUUUGGAUUCACUUCAGAAGAAAUUGUUACAUUUCGAGCCUUACGUAUCCAAAAAACCUAUUUCCGCUGGUUUCUUACGUUCGCCUCAGAGCUGGAGAGAGUUGUCGACGUCAGUUCACCGUCCUUGUAAAGAGGAUCUGCAAAAUGAAGAGGUCGGAGCUGAUACUGAGAAGGCUGAUGGUGAUGCCAAGCUGAACGUAAAGAAAGUGACUCUUCACCCUCCGGAAAUAAGCAUCCAGUAUCUAGAAAGCAAAGCCUACAGGGACACCUAUGGCGAUGACCCAGUGUGGACAAUGUACCGAAGAAAUUUCAAAGGCCAAUUUCCACCACCAAAAACGCGGCGUACGUGCAUUAAGGCGGACAUGAUUGCCACGGGCAGCCCCUGCCCUUUGUGCAGAGAUGAGUACCUUGUCGUUCAUCACACUAACACUAAAUUACUCACUCAGUUCAUUUCACCAUACACAGGAGAAACUCUGCAACCACAAAAAACAGGUUUGUGCAGAGAAAAACAGUUCCAGCUUGAUCUGGCCAUCUUAAAAGCCAAAGAUUUAGGAUUGAUCAGCUACCAAGUGCCAUUUAGGCAUUAUGACUACAAGGACUACUACCCACAGCUCCAGGAAACCUAGAAAUUGUGGCUGGUCAGCCAGAGUAAAGGGUUCAUUUGCUUUGCAUAGUUGUAAUAAAAGCCAUUUGCAGUCUCCU